AUGCAUACACCUUGUGCUGAAAUCGACAAACGCUCACGUCCGAACAACAGCACGCCGAGUAAUGACUGUGCUGCAACAAGACAACAAAUACACCUCGCUGCCUUGAUGGUUCGCCGGCCGUCGGUGCCUGUUUACUCGGCCACUGCGGCGCAGGAUUCGUGUGUACCACUGGUAACCUGUGUUGUCCGUCGACGAGCACUCUCGGUAACUAUUUUAUCAACGUAG